AUGAAGCGAAUGAGAAAUAAGAAGAAACAAGACGAAAAAGAAACUGACAUGAUGUUAGCAUUCAGAUUGUUCGACGUCAACCAAAAGGGGUACAUCGAGUCAGCGGAUCUACGCUACAUUAUACUAAAUAUGGACAAUAGAAUACCACGUGAUGAGUUGAAGGAAUUGAUUACAAGCGCCAAGCUUGACCAAGAUAGAAGAGUGACCUAUGAAGGUAAGCAAUUAAGCAUUUAAUUCAUCGUGUUAGCAUUUAAAAAUUCUCGUCUUUGAAACAGAACAUCUUCUUGAAAUAUUAAAGCAAUCGAAACUUUGCAAGAGGGCGGUUCAACAGAGAGGACAGUUACUAAAUCAUCGCCCCAACAACUUUAAAAUACUGUCAGCGGAAACCUCUCAAGAGACAAUUUUUUCUGAUCCAAGCGUCCACUAACUGUAGCUAGCGUAGUUUCUGUGAUAAUACAGCAAAGUUUUAAAAUUCUUUGUACGUAUGACAUCAGGAUCGUGUUUAAUAUAAACAUACUCCGAUUAAGAAACAGAACUGAGACAUCAAUUAAUAACUAUGUGACAUUUGACUGACAUUAUGUUUGUUUUGCAGAAUUUCUUGCUCUUUUCGAGUCACUUGAGGAGGAAUGA